UUUUUUCUCACUAACAAAACUAUACCUUCCACACCUAAAAUAAAUCUGACCAUGCGCUAAAUUUGUUUAUUUAUUUAUUUUACGUGACCUUAACUGAGAGUAGGUGAACUUGACAUGAAGAUAACCUCAUUGCAUCUCGUAUGUGCAAUUUUUUACACUAUAGCAUCGUCAUAAAGAGCAGUUGUACAACAAAUCUCCUCUAAGUGACUUUUUGAAAACAAUAAGUAAAAGUUCAUCGGUGAAAAUCGUAGUUCAUCGGAGAUUAUAAUAUUCACCUGUUGGGUAUAAGGCGGUCCAAACUGUGUAGGAUCAGAAGAAAUUGAAAGAUCUUUGAGAAACAUGUUGCGAUUUUGUUUCGCCUUGACUGUGAGUAUUGCCGGAGGAGCUUUAGCGGUCUACCCAGAUGGCUCUUCUGCAAAUGGUAUCGGAAAUCAAGGAUAUCCCAAUGCAUAUGGUUAUGGCUAUUCAGGUAGUUUCUCAGGUGGUGUUCCACAACACGUUCCCAUUCCGUUCUUUGAUUUUUCAGGAUUCUUGAACAAUUAUUUGAAUUCCAUGUAUAGGCAACAUCAAGAAUUCUUGAGGGCUGGUGGUGGACUAUUUUCGUAUUCGUAUGCUUCCUCCAGUCCUAAUGGUAAUGCUAUCGCUUCUUCUUCUAUAACAUUUAACCGAAAUGGCAUCCAAAACCAAGCACAAGCUGGUUUUAUCCAGCCAAAUGGAUUAAACACAAGAUCUGGAUUUGGAAACUCUUAUGGAACUUCAUAUAGUGGUUCCUUUGGAACUGGAACAAACGGAGGAGGCGGUGCAGCAUUCAGUGGGUUUCCUGGACCCGAUGCUGGAGCGUUUGUGUUUCCAGAUAUAUCAGCAGGUGGUUCUUUUGGUCCAGAUUCAGGUGCAGCUUUUGCAUCUGGAUCUGUUGGUCCUGGUGGGAUCCAUCAGACUGCAUCGGUAUUUCCAGAAAAUCCGAAUGUUCCCAAUAUCAACACCAGAUUCGCGGGUUCCGGCCAGCCAGAUGGUUUCCAUAGUGUUUUCACAUCCAGCUCAAGCCUCACGACGAACGUUGAUGGAAAACCUAAAACCAUAAAGCAAGCCUCCACUACUGUGAAUGAUAACGGCAAAAUAACCACAUAUACAGCUAAAAAUCCCUAAAUGUUCAUAUUGCCAUUGUAGUCAGUCAGUGUAAAUUCAUUUGAAUUAUAGUUAUCAAAUAACAAAA